GCCCGGAAGUAGUGCUGGCGGGCGCACGUGAACCGCGGCAUGGCGGCUCACCGCUCGGGCCCUCUCAAGCAGCAGAAUAAAGCCCAUAAAGGCGGGCGGCAUCGUGGCCGGGGGUCCGCUCAGCGAGACAACAAGGGCCGUCUAGCACUGAAAGCCUUAUGUAAGAAGGCGAGGAAAGAGCUCAGCAGAGUCGACCAGAGGCAUCGCGCCAGCCAGCUCCGAAAGCAGAAGAAGGAGGCGGUUCUGGCAGAGAAGAGACACCUAGGCAGCAAAGAUGGCCCUCCUCAUCAAGUCUUGGUGGUGCCUCUGCACAAUAGGGUUUCCUUGUCAGAGGCCUUUCGUCUGCUUCAGGAUACGGACACUGGAUCAGUCCACUUGAAUGUAUGGGGCAGCACCCAAAGUUUUAUGCUGCUAUGUCCGCGGUUGAAACACCGGUGGUUUUUCACGUCUGCAAGGCCAGGGGAUCUGCAUACUGUGUUAGAUAUGGCCAAAGUAGCGGACACCAUCGUGUUCCUCCUUGAUCCUCUAGAAGGCUGGGACAGCACUGGGGAUUACUGUCUUUCCUGCCUCUUUGCUCAGGGCCUCCCCACUUACACACUAGCUGUCCAGGGGGUUUCUGGCCUUCCACCGAAGAAACACAUAGAUGCCAGAAAGAAGCUAAGUAAAGCAGUGGAGAAGCGCUUUCCUGAUGACAAACUCCUCCUGUUGGACACUCAACAGGAGGCAGGGAUGCUGUUGAGGCAGUUGGCUAACCAGAAGCAGCGGCAUCUUGCUUUUCGAGAUCGGCGGGCCUACCUGUUUGCCCAUACUGCUGAUUUUGUGGCUAGUGAAGAGAAUAACUUGGUGGGCACCCUGAAACUCUCAGGCUAUGUUCGUGGGCAGGCUCUGAAUGUAAAUAGCUUGCUACAUAUUGUUGGACAUGGUGAUUUCCAGAUGAAACAGAUAGACGCCCCCACGGACCCUUUUCCUUUAAAUACUAGAGUGAUUAAACCCCAAAAGGACCCAGGCAUGGCGAUGGAGAUUUGUGCUAUGGAUGCUGUAACUGAUAUGGAAGAAGACAUUAAAGUCCUAAUGAAGGCAGACCCUGAGAAACAGGAAUCUUUGCAAACAGAGGUUAUCCCAGAUCCAAUGGAAGGGGAGCAGACUUGGCCUACUGAGGAGGAGCUAAGGGAAGCAAAUGACUUAUUAAAGGAAACUUCCAAAGUGGUAAAGAAGGUCCCCAAAGGAACAUCCAGUUACCAAGCUGAAUGGAUUUUGGAUGAAGAUGGUGACAGUGGUGGGGAAGGAGAUGAAUAUGAUGAUACAGAACAUGAGGAUUUUAUGGAAGAGGAAUCUCAGGACGAGAGUAGUGAAGUGGAAGAAGAGGAGGAAUGUGAAACUAUGACUGUAGGGGACUCUGUACGUGAUGAUCUAUAUGACGAGAAUGUAGAUGAAGAGGCUGAGGAAAAAAUGUUGGAGAAAUAUAAACAAGAAAGACUGGAAGAGAUGUUUCCGGAUGAAGUGGACACCCCCCGUGAUGUGGCUGCCAGAAUUCGAUUUCAGAAAUACAGAGGCCUUAAGAGUUUCCGGACAUCUCCAUGGGAUCCUAAGGAAAACCUUCCUCGAGAUUAUGCUCGGAUCUUUCAGUUUCAGAACUUUGCUAAUACCAGGAAAAGCAUCUUUAAAGAGAUUGAUGAAAAAGAGGUUGAAGGAGCUGAGGUUGGCUGGUAUGUCACACUUCACGUCUCGGAUGUUCCUGUCUCAGUAGCGGAGUCCUUCAGGCGAGGAGCACCUAUGAUUGCAUUUUCUUUACUCCCUCAUGAACAGAAGAUGUCAGUAUUGAAUAUGGUGGUGAGGCGGAACCCUGGUGACACAGAGCCUGUGAAAGCCAAAGAGGAGCUGAUCUUCCACUGUGGGUUCCGGCGCUUCCGAGCUUCACCCUUAUUCUCUCAGCACACUGCAGCGGAUAAACAUAAAUUUCAGAGAUUCCUGACUGCUGAUGUGGCCCUAGUGGUAACAGUAUAUGCACCAAUCACUUUUCCUCCUGCAUCUGUGCUGCUUUUCAAACAGAAAAGCAAUGGAAUGCACAACCUCAUUGCUACAGGCCAUCUGUUGUCAGUGGAUCCAGACAGAAUGGUCAUCAAGAGAGUUGUUCUGAGUGGUCAUCCUUUCAAAAUUUUUACUAAGACAGCAGUAGUACGUUACAUGUUCUUCAAUAGAGAGGAUGUGCUAUGGUUUAAACCAGUGGAACUGAGAACAAAGUGGGGCCGAAGGGGACACAUCAAAGAGCCUUUAGGCACCCAUGGCCACAUGAAAUGCAGUUUUGAUGGGAAGCUAAAAUCUCAAGACACAGUACUGAUGAACCUCUAUAAACGAGUUUUCCCCAAAUGGACUUAUGAUCCCUAUGUACCAGAACCAGUACCUUGGAUAAAAAGUGAGAUUCCUUCAACUGUGCUUGAAAUGGACCCAGAAUAAUGGACUUCAUGGGCUUCUGUCACUAUACAUUGGGGAGCCUACAGAUUGUGGCUGGGCAGAGUUUACUGUUUCUAAUUUAAUCUGAUGGUUUUUGCAAAAGAUUUUUUUGGCUUUGACAAGUGUCUCAGUUAAGGAUGAAGUUUUUCUCCUACUACUUAAUCCAAAAAAACUAUUAAAUCUUAUUGAAAUUUCUAUCCACUAGGAUUUUGAAAUCUCUUUAAGAAAGAAAGAUGAAAUGUUGACAGUGACUAGAAACAAAGUUACACAUAUCUGAGACAAUGCAUCCAUCUGUUUUGUAUAAGUUAAACAGAAACAGAUUGAUUAACUGGCCUUUCAGCCUGCUUCAUCCAAGUCAGAGAGGUUAAGUCUACAUUUCCACCACUGAGCACAACACAAAUGUUCUUUACUUCUGGGGAAACAGUUUGAAAAUGCUGAGACAGUACAGCAGCCACUGCAACACCAGCUGUAGGUUCAAUGAGUAGUUUCAUUCUCUCCCACACCAGCUUGGUUGCAUUCUGUUGGUACAGAAGAGUGAGAAUUAGUGAAACAUGAGAAGAAUAGUUUAAGGGGUUUAAUCAUAAAAGGCCAGAAGAACAUACAUGCCUUGUCUGAAUUUUCUUAUUAAGUAUGUGUGCUUGCCAGUGAGCAAGGCUCUUAUACUUUAACACUGCUUCUGCCAUCAAGAGGGUUAUACUACAACAUGGAAUGAAGUUAAGGUCCCUGUGGGUCUCCUGCUACUCCUAGCAGAAGAAAGUUAUUAUGCCUAGAGUCUUCUUUUUUCCUUUCGGGGUCUUACCUUAAUUUCAUCCUCUGUAACAGUGAAGACGUCAUCCACAAGGUCCCUGAUGAUAGGCCAGGUGUUUAAGCCAAUGCUGGAUUUGACCCCAUCUGCUAUGGUUUCUGGAGGACAAGGAUUGGGCAUCCGUUCCCCUUUCAGUUUGGACUGGUAGCAGUCAUCUGCAUUCAAGGGUUCAGCAGCAUAAACCUUCACACUAGGUCUUAAAGCCUGGGAAAAGGAAUAUUAGACACCUUACAACUAACCACAGCACUGCCUGCGUGCCUAAAAUAAAAUAGGCUGAAAAAGUAACAUGUCUCUGCCAAAGAGUCUUUCCCUUUGAUACAUGUUAUGAAAUUAUGACCUUGAAGCACUUUAUAAAUAAAUUCUUUGUUUAAUAAUA